AUUGUGAUGAAGACUAUUUGCCAACAUGGAUGCGCCCUUAUCAAACUCUGAUGAGAGCAAAAAAAAUGCUGUUGAAAUAGUGAAUAAGAAGUUUGGGAAUGAUAUCAAAUCAUUGUCUGACUUAAAAUCAUUUUAUUCAGAGACAAGGAAAGCAACACAGGCAUUGGAGAGUCGUCUUGCACUCACUGAAUGGGAUAUUCCUCCCGAGGUAGACGAGGCUCUGCAGAAUGCCGAAGAAGCACAGACAACUGUAACAGCAUUACAGACAAAGAGUGACUCUUUACAUCAUGAUAUUCUAGAUCACUGUACAACACUCAAGAAUCUUGUGGAGGACUUGACGCCACUCAUCAACCAAGUAGAUGAACUGAACAAGUAUAAGCAGUACCUAUCAUGUGUCGCACACAUAGAGAACAUCAGCAUUCAGAUUCACUCGGCACUAAUGGCGGACAGAACGGCUGUGGCAGUGGAUGAGUUCUGCUCCUUGACAGAAUACUAUAUACAGAAACAGAAUUCGCAAUGUCAGAAUCUUCUGCAGUUUCUCAAAGACACUAUUCUGUUUUGGUACGACCUUCUCAAAGCAAGACUUUCCAGUUUACUGGAGGAAAGUUUGAAAGCUGUUGGAUGGCCAUUAAUUGCAACCUCUAUAAAGACCCCUCCACCCCCCUCGGAUCCAUCCCUCAGUAUGGACGCCAUCUUCUUACAGCUGCUACUUCUACAGUUACCAGAACCCCUGAGUAAAGAGGUACAGAAGAAGACACUGACUUUUUUGUCACAGGAAUUUUCUUUUAAGCCUCUGUUGCUGCCAAUUCAACAUUUAGUCACUCCUCUACACAAGCGCUUCAAGUACCAUUUCUACGGCAACAAACAGACUAACAACUGGGAGAAGCCGGAGUGGUACUUUGGACAAGUUUUGAACUGGAUCAGGGACCACUCUUCGUUUUUGGACCAGAGAAUUCAACAUUUAUUGGAAAUUGCUGGAUUUUAUGUGGUUGAUGCUAAGGUGGAGUUCAUGCGAGGACUUGUGGUGUUGGUGAUGGAGAAGAUGGCUGCGGACCUCCCAACAAUUAUGGAGGAUGAACAUCUCUUCUGUCACCUUGUUGAUGAAGCCAUAUUCUUUGAUCAUGAACUUCAUCAAAUCUACCACUACCCCACCGGUCUAAACAGCAGCAUGGAUAUCUUAACUGUCCCCAGAGUGUUUGACCGAUGGAUUGAAAUAGAAAAAAAGUUUGCCAUAGAGAAGAUGGAUUCCCUUUUGUCCUCCACCACAGCUUGGGAGUCACAAUACAAAAACAUCGCGGACAUUGACACGCUGAAGGUUCCAGAAUGUGGCGAGAGCUUUGUCACCCUCAUGUCCACCAUCACAGACCGAUAUAAAUACCUUCCCUCACCUGACCACCGCUUGAAGUUUCUUGGCAUGCAGCUGGAGUUAUUAGAAGAUUUCAGAAUUCGUCUUGUGCAGGUCAUGAAAGAAGUGACCCACGAUUCACUAGGAGACACAUUUUGUGCAAUAUUUAACGCUGUACAUUACAUAACUGAGGUCCUGCGAGAGUGGUGCAAUGCCACGUUUUUUGUGGAACUACAGUACCACAGCGCUGCUCGGCCAGUAGAGUUCGCAGCAGAUCCCGGUAAACGAGAUGCGAAGAUUCCUGCUUUGAGAGGAGGAGGAGGUUUCAUGGCAGACAAGAGUGUGUUUGACGAAGGAAUCGACCUGUAUGACAAGUUAAAAAUAGAAAUGGAGAAGAACAUCCUGAAUCAUGCCUUUGUGGACGUCCAAGCUCGAUCACAGCCUUAUAGGAAAAUGAAGUGGAGAGAUUUGGAAGAAUCUGCUGACCUCUCUCUGACCACUGCGGCCUGUGACAUGCUGAUGGUCCUCAGGGACCACUUAUUGACCAUGAACAGAAAACUCAGUAAACCAUUGUUUGUCAAACUGUGGAGGAAGCUAGCAGACAAAAUGAGCAAGUUCAUGUUGGACGAGGUAGUGUUACAAAACCGGUUCAGUGAAGCUGGAGCCAAACAGUUGGAGUUUGAUAUGACUAGGAACCUUUUUCCUCUGUUCGCAGAGUACACCACAAAACCACAGAAUUACUUCAGACAGAUUAACGAGGCCUGCGUACUGCUGUGUCUGAGGGUGGGCUCUGCUCUGUUGCUGAGGGAGGUCUUAAUGUCAGAUGACAGCGUUCCAGAGAAAGAGCAGGCACUACAGGAUGUGGGCGUGUACAAACUGGCUCCACAGGUGGCGCUCAAUGUCCUCCACUCCAGAACGAACUUAUCGGUGACGUGAUUUGUGAUGUUGUUUUUAUUUAUGUUGCAAUAGGGAAGCAAAAAUUUUUUUUAACUAAGUCUUUCAUUAAACAUGUUAAUGUACAUGUAAUUUUAAUGUACCGCAUGUCAUAUAUAUUUAAUAGAAAUGUUUACUGUAUAUAGGCCAGGUGUGUAUACAAACACUACCUAAAUAAAAACAGUUUAAUAAAGAUGUUGAAUAUUUAU